AUGGGUUUGAAAGGCAAAAUGAUAGGCCAAACUGUGGUCAAACACUCUGGAGUUGGAGAUACGUUUCAUGAUGUGUUCAGCAAAAGGCCGCACGAUCUGGCCACUGCCACUCCUCAGAAAGUUCAAGGCUUCACUUUGCUUGAUGGUGCCAUAGGGGUUCCAGGAUCCAAGAUCUGCUGGCACUAUACUCAUGAUGGUAAGGAGAGGAUUGCUAAGCAGAUAAUCGAUGAAGUUGAUGAAGUGAAGCAAUCAAUCAAGUUCAGGAUGAUUGAAGGAGAUCUGAUGGAAAUCUACAAGACCUUCAUCAUAACAUAUCAUGUUGACACCAAUGGAGAAGAUAAUCUGAUAACUUGGACUCUGGAUUAUGAGAAGCUGGAAGAACUCGGCCCUCAUCCAGGAACCUUGCUCAACUUCUUCCUUCACAUGGUUGAAGACAUUGAAGCUCAUCAUCUCAACCAAGCUUAA